AUGUCGGGUCCAAAGACACCCUCCCGGAAUACAGCCAACCUAAACUCGCCUUCGAAGGGUUCUUCACCGACUCACAUAUCGCAGCUUCUCACAAUCCGACCCCCAAUAUCACAAGCUGUUUCCGGAAAAACUGUGCGCCGGGUUACACUUCAUCCAUCAAUAUACAACCUUCUAUCGCUUUCCGUCACCAGUCCACAGCAUAACAAUCUAGUUGAACUCAAGGUUGAUGACUCUACAAGCUCAGUCAUCGCGGUAGCUUGGUCUGGGAGCCAAGGUGGCGAUCCCAAAUGCAUCCAAAUACCGACUUCCGUAGGCGAUGAUCUUAGGGAUCUAGCGCGAGAAGCGCAAGUAAAUUUAGAUUUUUCUGAAAAGUCUAAAUCGAAAGUGGAGGUGAAGAAGUAUUUGGGGUUGAUAGGCAAUGUUGCAACUGUGGAGAUAGAAGAUUUUCUACAGCAGAUCCCGGUGGGUGAUAGCGAAGGGUGGAAAUACUAUUUAGAGCACUAUCUUAUCGAUGUGAGAUAUAUUAGUGAGGGCACGAUAUUUUCUUGCGAUUAUAAGGGAACAUCAGUAUCCCUAAGAGUUAAAUCUGUGUCUCCGAGCGAAAGGCCUUUCGGCGGCUAUGGGAGCCCAGUAAACGCUCUUGAAGGUCGACUGGGCGGACUGAGUAUCAAGGAAACCCGAGUCUAUGAAUUUGAUAAGUUGUCGACUGUAGCAUUCAAGGGAUUGCAGGAUGGACCUGCGCCAUCUACGCCUCGACCUAAAGCCGUAGUACCGACAACGCCACGGAAAUCGGGUAUAUCUAAAGAAAAGCCACAGGAAGUUCCUCGAGAAGUAAAAUCAUUCCCUGUCACUAAGUCAUCUUCAAUAGGUGGCCUUGAGCGUCAGUUAGAGAUUUUGCGAACCCAUAUCGCGUCCUCGCUUCUUCAUUUCAAGCGGUUCACUCGCAGCAAUCUUACACCUCCGCUGGGGAUUUUACUCUAUGGACCGCCUGGUACGGGGAAAACAAUGCUUCUCAGAAGUAUAGCUACCGAAGCUGGGGCGAAUAACUUCAUUAUAGAUUCUUCCCUCAUUGGAAAAUUCCUUGGCGAGAGCGAAGCUAGCAUUCGUAAAGUCUUUGCAGAGGCGAAGAAAUCCGUGGACGGGAAGAAUCGAAGUAUCAUUUUCAUUGAUGAAAUUGACGCAUUUGCGCCAAAACGGGGGGGUACGGAUACCACUAGCGAUUCGAGGCUAGUAACGACUCUUCUUACAGAGAUGGAUGCACUGGCCGCCGUUGGUGAGGACGACGGGAAAAAAGAUAGUAGCAGGGUUAUAGUCAUAGCGGCAACAAAUCGGCCUAACGGAAUUGACCCGGCAUUAAGGAGACCAGGGAGAUUCGAUCUUGAGAUUGAAAUUCCGAUACCAGAUGCCAAAUCACGGCUAGAGAUUUUGAAGUUACUAUUAAAAGAUGUAGAGACAGAGUUCGAUAAGUCGGUUGAUGCAGGGCAUAUCACUAGCUGGGCGAACAGAGCUCAUGGAUUUGUCGGGGCUGACCUCGAGACGGUAGUGAAAAAAGCAGCAACAAGGAGUGUGCAUCGCUCUCUUAAACAGAAAGAGCAAGGAACAUCCUUAUUCCCGGGGUUCUUUCUAGAUGAUGUCGAAGUUAGUGAAAGCUCCUUGUCGAUAUCAGCUGAAGACUUCGAGACGGCAUUGAAAGAAACCAAGCCUUCCGCAAUAAAAGAUAUUGUGCUUGAGUUGCCGGAAACAAAAUGGACGGAUAUUGGCGGCCAGAAAGAUGUCAAGCAGAAAUUAAAAGAGGCGGUUGAGUGGCCACUACGACAUCCAGAGGUUUUCCAAAGAUUGGGCGGACAACCACGCAAAGGAUUGUUACUUUACGGGCCCCCUGGUUGCUCCAAAACCUUGACGGCUAAAGCCCUCGCAACUGAAGCCGGGCUAAACUUUAUAGCCGUCAAGGGUCCCGAAUUGCUAAAUAAGUAUGUCGGAGAAUCUGAACGCGGUGUUCGUGAACUUUUCCGGAAAGCUAGAGCUGCAAGUCCAUCUAUCGUAUUUUUUGAUGAAGUCGAUGCACUGGGUCUUAACCGAGAAGGGGAAGGGAACAAUGGGGGUGGGGGGAACAGUACAGGUGUGCUAACGGCGUUAUUGAAUGAGAUGGACGGUAUCGAGGAACUAGGAAAUGUUAUGAUCCUAGCCGCGACGAACAAGCCAGAGGUCAUUGACCCGGCGCUUUUAAGACCGGGUCGGUUGGAUUAUAUCCUUUAUGUUGGCCCGCCAGACUUAGAAUCGAGAACAGAGAUCCUAAGUAUCAAGUUCCGGAAGAUGAAACUUGGUGAGGACGUCGAUAUUCAAGUCCUAGCUGGGAAGACGGAUGGAUAUUCUGGCGCCGAUUUAGUUAAGAUCUGUGACGAAGCAGUUUUAGCAGCCAUGAGAGAAGAUUUGGGGAUCGAUAGUGUCAAGUGGAGACACUUUGAAGAGGCUCUUAGAGGGGUAAAGAGUGUUAUAACGAUGGAGAUGAUAAGAAGAUAUGAAGGCUGGACUGUAGGAGGGGUGAAGAAAUUCUGA